GCCCGCUGUUAACAGAUUGGUGAGUACUCCUUACAAAAUUUCUACGCGAAUUCACUUACCUGUGUCCAUUUCGAAAAUUAGACUUUUCACAUUACAAAGUUGUCAAGAAAGAGUGCAUGUACCUUGCAGUGGCGCUGAUCAUUAUUAUCGCGAGUUUGGUCAGAUUGCACAUCCGCAAUGGGUACGCCCGAAGUGUUGGUUUUGGCGAUAAGCAUCGUAGGCACCAUAGCCUUUAUCCCCCAUGGUUCUAUUGGGGAAAAGGAUCACAUCCUAACCGAAGCUUUGCUUCGUGAGGUUGUGGAACGUAUGGGCAAGGAGUUCAACGACGCAGCGUCCAGCUACCUGGAUUUCCCGUCUAGUGACCGCCACCUUGCCCUAAUGGCCCGGGCGAAUAAGGACCUGGAGAACGAACAGCUGGACUACGACUCACUGAUCGAUGGAAACCCCAACCCCAGUCUGCGUGACCAGGAAUAUCUGCAGCACAGCUCCCUCUGGGGCCAUCAGUACAUGACUGGGGGAGCUGGUGAGGGUGAGCAGCGCCUUCAGCCAGCCGGGGAACUGCCCAACCGCCACAUGGUGAAGACCGACGCGGUACUGCCGGCCUACUGCAAUCCACCCAACCCUUGCCCAGUUGGGUAUACCGAGGAGCAGGGCUGCAUCAAGGAGUUCGAGAAUACAGCAGCAUUCAGCCGCGAGUACCAGCUGUCGCAGCGCUGCAUGUGCGACAACGAGCACAUGUUCAGCUGCCCGCCCGAGGAGCCGUCGGAGCUCGACGUGCGCUUUCCCGAACACCACAAGAACCUUGUUGCCAAGAAAUAUAAGCCGGACGUGGAAAAUCCGUAUUUGACGGGGGAACGGCUCCCUAUUGCGGCCAAAAAAGGUUUUAAUGUUAAUGUUUAUUAAAAAAAACUAUAUUAACUAAUUAACUUUAAUACAAUUAUUGUCUAUUUUACGAAUCCCCCUAAGUACAGUAAGGGAUGCGUUCAAAUAUUAUUUAUGAGAGAUUUAUGCGAAAAAUGAUUCGAAUUAUAGACAUCAAAUGUCAAUUUUUUUAUCGGUUUACAAAAAAAAAUAAUAAAGGAACCAUUGAGACAAGAAUCUUACAACUCCUUACUAUACUUACGGUUGAUAGGUACCUGUUGUGUAAUAUUAUGGUAAUGGAACCUCACAAACCCGAUGCCUUUAAAAGAGAAAUGGCUUGGGAGUUCUUGUAAAAGAAAAAAAUGGAUGCGUGUAACUUAGGUACGCGCGUGAGAAGUUAUACUUCUUUAGCAUCAUUAAAAAUAUUUUUUAAUUGCAUGCAAAUAAUUAAUAAUUACAAUAAAAUAAUAAAAGGACUGGAAAAGGAUAGUUAACACAGUCAAUUAAGUUCAGUUUUAAUUUGAAAAAUUAAAUAAAUAUUCAAUUAAAAUCACUACUGAAUUUAAGUUAUUAGUCCAUAUGUAAUUAGCACUUGUAAGUAACUAAAACACGUUGUGUCUAUAUAGAAACUAGAAACAUGUGAAUAAAUAUUAUAAAUAUGAAAACAGUGAUCAGAGGCGACGAGCGUGCCAACAUUGUUUUUGACAACGCGAUCAUCUUAUGGAGCUCCGUGGAUCGUUCAAAGUACCUUUCGAACAGAUGUCUAAUUAGACACUAACAUUCAUAACGCGCCCGCGGCCAACUUCAUGGUGUUACUUUUCUGUUAGUGUUGCGCGCGCAUCUUAAAAUUUCACUCUCAUCAUUUUUUCAUAACGCGCCCGCGGCUAACUUCAUUAUGUUACUUUUGUGUUACAGUGAUGCGCGCGCAUCUUAAAAUUUCACUCUCAUAAUUUUUUCAUAACGCGGCUAAAGAAGUAUAACUUCAAUUAGUCGAAAACAUUACAUACAACUCGUUGUACUCACACCAGGAAGUUAUCGAAUGCCAGGCAUAGGUCGAACGCUUAUACAUAUUUUUUGUGAUGAGAUAACUUUUAGAAUAAAUAUAAUCUUUGAUGUAAAUAAAGUGUUUAUACUGUUCAGGUGCAAAGCACUCAAAAUCAACCACCAUUAGGGUGGUUAGUUUCGUAAAUAAACAUUUGGAAGGGUAUAUUUCACUUUUACAUUAUGAUAAAUGUGUAUUUAAUCUUUUAGAUUCGUAUGUUUAACAAGUUCGAUCUAUACUUUCGGAAUAGUCUUGCUGCGUUGAAUUUUGUAUUGUGCUUAAGUAUACAAAGCGUUAACGUAUUUAAGGAUAUCAAAUAAUAAGCCAAAGAUUAUUUUUAGUAGAAAAUCUACUCAUUUAGGUUACCUUUGAAAAAUAAUCAAAGGCAGGUUAUAAAUAAAAUAUGUCUUUUCCCAGUAAUAAGUUAACCUACCUUGUCUAUAAAGAAUAAAUCCAAGUCAGCGGGGACGGUGAUUUUUCAAUACAUACCAACGUAAUUUUAUCGACAAUUUCAAUUUCUUAUCAUC